AGACUGAUGAGACUGGGUGAGACGUGAGACUAUAACCUCUUAUUUUAACGAAAGACACGCACGAAGCACGUGUAAAAUGGCUAAAUCGUUACGCAGUAAAUGGAGAAGAAAAUGCAGAGCGGUCAAGAGAGAACGUUAUGCGGCAAAGGAAUUACAAAGACUAAAAAAGACUCUGGGUAUCGAUGACAGUGUAUCCAAAGACGUGGAAAUGUCAGAUAUCACUGAAAUUGCCACAGUUGUUGACGCAAAGAAAGUAAAAGAAGAUGUUAAGGCUAAGCAGGCUGUAAACACAAAUGAAGAACAGAUGGAAGUAGAAGGUGCUAGAGUGUAUAGUAGAAAAACAUUGCGUGAUCAGUAUGGUAAUUAUCCCGUGUGGAUGAGCCAAAAAAAGAUUAAGCACAAGAAAGGCAGAGCAAAAUCACAAAAAGCCAAAAGUGGAAAAACAAAUAAAAGACUCACACGACGACAAAAGAAAACAAUGAAACGGAAAGAAUAAAAUCUUGCUUCAUAAAUUUCAAAAUUAAUUAUUCCAUUACUUAUCCAUUUUGUAAGUAUUAUGAAGAUUACUGGUUAUCUUUUUAUAAAUAAAAUUUGAUAAAAAGAAA